AUGUCCACCCCCUCCACGCCGCGGUCGACGCGCUCCGCGUCCUCGGCGGCCGGGUCGCCUAACAUUCUCACUCCAGGCCAGAAGAUCAAGGCCAUGAUGGCUGCAUUCGACAGUGACUCCGAGGGCGAGCCUGUCACGUCGAAGUCACGGAGUUUUUUCAACAAGCCUGAUUUCGCGCGCACCAACACCAUCCAGGAGACGCGUCAGUCUUCCGACGAAGAAGAUGAGGAUGACGAGGUGGGCGUGCCGAGAGGUCGUAUGGCUGCGAGAUUACAAGGAAACACGACGAAUCGGGCCGCGUCUGAGUCGAAAGGCGAAGAAUCGGCUUUUGCUCGAUUGUCCAAGGCUCUGCGGACGGAACGAGAGCAGGCUCAGAAACCUACACCCAGGAAGGAAGAACCUGUUCUCGAGGAUGAAUCGAGUGAUGAUGAUCUCCCUGCGGCUGGACCGAGAAGGAGAAACAAUACCGGUCUGGAAGAGUCAUCGCAGCCAGAGAACGAGUUGACCCAAGCACUGUCGCCCACACGGGAAUUGUCCCCUCUCUUCGUUUCGGCACAAGACAACACCGAUAGCCCGGCCAAUGACUCGGCAAAGGAGUCUUCCAAGAAAAACGCUCGAUUCCUCGCCCUCGUCGCACAAAAGCGCAAGGAACGCGAAGAGCGGGAGACGAUCGAGGCUGAGAAGAAGGCCGCUCGACGCGCACAGAUGGAGCAGUUCAGUUCGGAAAUCCUGUCUGGCGAAGAGAGUGCCGCCGAUGAGGAUCCGGAAUCCGCAAGGAAGUUGACCCAGCAAACCCGUCCGCCUCGCAAGGCCAGCAAAAAAGCUCUGCAGGAGAUGAGGGCCGAGACGCAGCGCAUGAGUCGAAACAUGCAAUUGGCUCAUCAGGCUCAAACCAAAAAGAAGAUCACCAAGGACAGCCUUUUCGCUCGCUUCAACUUCAUGCAGCCAGAGACUCCCGCCGAAGCUGCACCUGCUGCCGCCAACUCAUCCUCCACCGCUGGAUCGCAGCCUUCCUCUGAUGGAGAGGGUUCUCAUAAGAACAACGACACACCCCAGACGUCACCGGUUGUCGCUCCUUCUGACAAGGAGAAACCAGCUACCAGUAGCAGAACCGCUCUGGGUCGUGUCACUGCCGGCGCGGCUGACAUGGAGGCCUUGGUGUCUGAGGAGACCCCUGAUCUGCCUAAUUUGGAAGAAGCCAUGGAGCUGGACGCAGAGAAGGCAGAUGCACCCAAGGAGCCAGCUCUCGAAAAAGUCAAAUCAGAACCGCAGUCAGCCUCGACCAAGAAAGCACCUUACCAGUUUACCCACCGGCCUAUUCGCGUCAUGUUUACCCGGCAACAACUGGCGCAGCAUCAAGCGGAGGAUGAUUCAGACAACGAUUUAGAAGUCGUGACAUCGCCUGCCAAGUGUCGACGGAUCGCUGCAUUUGAGAAUCUGUCCCAGAAGAAGAAUGAAGAGUCGGCCUCCAUGAUCAAACUCAAGGCCUUGGCCCAUUUGACUUCCCCUACGCGCCAGGCCGCGUCCAUGAACAACGCAGAACUGUCUGCUAGCCUCCUCUUGAAGGCACGACAGCAGGCUGCCAAGGGUAGACAGGAGCGCAUCGAGGAAUUGAGGGCGAAGGGUGUCGUUAUCGAGACCGUCGAGGAGCGUGCGGCUAUGGAAGACGAUGUUGAGGAUCUCCUGACGAAGGCCCGGAAGGAGGCAGAUGACAUCGCGCGGCAGGAGAAUAAGGAAUCAAAGCAAAACGGCAACGAGGACGAGGAUGAGGACGAUGAUUUCGUACUUUCUGGCUCUGACGAGGAGGGAUAUGGCGCUGGCGAGGAUGAAGACGAUGAGGACGAGGAGAAUGAUGUUGCGAGCGUGAUUGGCAACAACGAAGGUCUCAUUGAGAAUGAGGCAGCUGAGGACGAGAGCGACGAGUUCUCCGCCGCAGAAAGCGAUGUCCCUAAACAACGGAGGAAGCGACCAACGCGCGUGCUCAGCGACGACGAGGAUGACGAGCAACCGCAGCGGGAGCCGCCUUCCACACCCGUCAGACCUCCCAUCAUUGCAGCUGAUUCUGCUUCACGAACCAAAAUUCCUGGCUUGGAGACUUCCGACAAUAUGUCCAUGGGUCUCACGCAGGCCUUUGCCGGUACUCUAGGAGACAACGACAGCCAACCAGGCUCUGCUACGAUUCCCUUCUCCCUCCCCGACCCUGGUCCACCCGUUCCUCAACUUCGACGUGACGAUUCAGAAGUUCUCGUUCGAGAUAGCCAAGCUCCACCUGAUGAGGCCGACUUCAUGGCAGACUACCGCCAAAAUGUCACCCGGGUAUCUGAGUCGCCUGCGCGGUACUCUAUCUCUGGAUUCUCGCAGCUGCCCGAUCCAACCCAGGACGAAGGCUUCGUCUUCUCACCCUUUGAUCCCAGGAAACGUUUCAACGGUACUCCUCCAGUAUCGACUGUCGAUACGGUCCUCAUCGGCCAGGGCCACUCGCCCAUUGCGAACCGCAAGGCUAGACAUCUUCGACGUGGACGUGCAGCUGAAGCUGCCGAAGAUGACGAAGGCGACUUUGAAAUCGAUGCCAAUGCUUUCAACGUCAUGAAAAAGGCUGCCAAGACCAAGAAUAAGGCCGGGCCGUAUGACAAGGAGAACAGCAGGGCCAAGGAGAUUUUCGACGAAGCAGCCGAGGAAUCUGAGGAUGAAUAUGCUGGCAUUGGAGGUGCUAGUGACGAGGAAGAUGCGGAGGAAAAUGCUGAGGAUCGCCGGAUGAUCAAUGACAACAGCGGCGAAGUCGUUGAUGAGAAGGAGCUUGCUGCCCUCAAUGCUGUCCACCAGCGCACUCGUGAUGAAAAAGAUGUCGCUAAGCUCAUGAGGGAUAUCACCACCGGAGCACUGCGUCGUCGCCACGGAGCUGACGAUGACUUCGACCUCGACGACUCCGAUGAUGAGCGCCAGGCCCGCCGGCGCGAGAAGCAGCGCGAGUUUGCCAAGAUGCGUCGAGCUCUGCUUGCAGAUGACAAGGUUGGUGAACUGGCCGACAACCCCAAGAAAGCUGCGUUCUUCAAGGCGAUCGAAGACCGCGAGGAAUCAUUCGAUUUCGACCUGGACUUCCUCGACGAAAAACAGGGCGACUCUCAGGAGGAUUCAUCGCAAGACGUGCGCACUGAGGAACGGUCGACUGUGCCUGCAACGGAAACUGCUAAGCGCAAGCGACCUCUUGAGGAGUCUGCCGAAGACACUACCAACCGGCCUCCGCCACAUCUGCGUCGCACCCCCGCCACCGCAGCGUCGAAGAAGCCCGCCUCGCUUGCAGAAAUCCGUGAGACAUUGUCAUUCCUAACCGAGACUCACGACUAUGAUUCCUUCCACGAAGAUGCGUCCCUCGACGAGGACGCUGGUACCACGGAAGAAAACGACGACGCUGCAGGGGCCGACGCCCAGACUGAAGAACCAGAAGUGCAAACUACGGACCACUUCCCCAAACCCAGUCACCCGCGCCGUACCCGCGGGCCCGUCGUUGAUCGGCUAGCCCUCCUCCGACAAGCAUCCUCCAACUCCGCCUCCGGUUCAGAGGCGGCGAACACCAAGCUCGCCUUCCACAGCGGAGGAGGCAAAGACGGCCCCAUUGGCUUCCGCCCUCCGCAACUGCUGCGACGCGUCACGUCCAGUUCCUCGUCAAGCAAGUCGUCUAGCUCGUCGCAUCGCGUGACCAAGCCUGGCACGGCGGGGCCGAAGAAGGGCGGCGCGGUUAAUUCUUACACCGCUGCGCGCGAGAGGGAGCGCGAGAAGGCGCUCAGGCUCCAGCAGCGUAAUGGGGGGUCAAGCAUCGCUAAGCUGUUGAACAAGCAUGCUGGCGGCGGGCUGGGCGCCUUGGCUGGGAAGGGACAGUGGGAUUGA